CCGGAAGCAGCCCCGGCGUCGGGCGGGAGGGACGAGCGUUUAGGAGGCGAGGCCAGACGGCGCAGCUGUUACCCGGACGAUGGCUGGGACGGCGCUCAAGAGGCUGAUGGCGGAGUACAAACAAUUAACACUGAAUCCUCCGGAAGGAAUUGUAGCAGGCCCCAUGAAUGAAGAGAAUUUUUUUGAAUGGGAAGCAUUGAUCAUGGGCCCGGAGGACACCUGUUUUGAGUUUGGUGUCUUUCCUGCCGUCCUGAGUUUCCCACUUGAUUACCCAUUAAGUCCCCCGAAGAUGAGAUUUACCUGUGAGAUGUUUCAUCCCAACAUCUACCCUGAUGGGAGAGUCUGCAUUUCCAUCCUUCACGCUCCGGGCGACGACCCCAUGGGCUACGAGAGCAGCGCCGAGAGGUGGAGCCCCGUGCAGAGCGUGGAGAAGAUCCUCCUGUCGGUGGUGAGCAUGCUGGCAGAGCCCAAUGAUGAAAGUGGAGCAAAUGUGGAUGCUUCCAAAAUGUGGCGGGAUGACCGGGAGCAGUUUUACAAGAUCGCCAAGCAGAUCGUACAGAAGUCACUGGGGCUCUAAGGCCUCGCCCACGCGUGCGUGCCAACACACACCACCAAGCAGUUUCCAGUGUUUCUUCUCUGGAACACUUAGUGACAUUGGCAAUCUGUGCUGGUACCAAAAAAGGCAAGCUUACAGAACCACAGCAUCUAUUUUUUUUUCCCAACCUUUCCACCCCAAACAUGCUUCUCCUCUGAAACAAUGAUUUAUGUAGGAUCAUGACAGCUGGAUGCAGUUUCAGUGUUCCUGGCUUGGCAGUUUAGGUGGAUCAUCCAGGCUGUCACCACUACCUCUCUCAGAUGAAGCGCCUACGAACCCAGCAGUCAGUGGCUUCCCUUCCCUCCCGGAGUGCUGAGGGGGUCCAUGCCGGAUCCCAGGGGACUAGAACCAGUAAUGCUUCUUCUGAAGAAAUGGGGUCUGUAGCCAGAGCAGAGGGCCAGGGCCAGGCGUUUCUGGGCCCUCUGCUUCCCUGGUGCCCGUGAGGAGUAUGCAACUCUGUUUCAGUGCUUUAUACUUUACAAGCAGGUAUUUUCUUACAGUCUGGUUACAUCUUUUUCAUUUGUUGUGUAUUACAAACUAUCGCACUUAGAACAACUUUCAGGAAAUAAAUACUUUUUACAAAGGUGGAUUAAUGAAAAAAAUGGAGUACAUGGAAAAGAAGUUUAUUGCUGGUCAUAAAGGCCAGUGUUUUUUCUAAUCAUAUUUAUCAGAGAUGUACAUUUGUGUCUUGGUUACUUGGGCAUUGCUAGAGCAGCAACAUGAGACACUGAAAGUUUUAGUCAAAGUUUCUUCUGGAGCUACUGGAGUUUGUCUUUUCCAGUCUUAAAACUGGGAAUUUCUAAGGUUUGUACAUGUUGUUGGACCGGGAACUUUGUAGAGGAUCCUCCUUCACAACUUGGGGUUGGAAGGGAGUCUGCUGUUAGAGGAGAGCGGAGCACAGAGCGUGCCUUAUCCCCAGACUUGACCGGCGCUCGUGGAAGGGUGGCAUGCGGGACCCCGGCCUCAGAGUGGGGACAGAGCACUUAUUUGUGGUUUGUGAUUUUGACGUGGUCUGGAUGUUCCUGGCAGCUCAGCAGCACAGGGCCGGGGCCUCCACUAUAAGCAAUAACAGAUCUGUUGCAUGCAGAAUCAGAUAGAUGUUCAGCCUGUUUCAAACAGGUUAAAUUUAAGUAGGAAUUUCUAUUUUUGGAAUAAAGGACAGUCUACAAGACUCACAAUAGAUUUCAUUUUGCAUUGCCCUCUCCUUCCCUUUUACGACAGGUCUGGUGUACAGCAGUCUGAUUUACUGAAGCCUCACGCAUAAUUUCUUAGUGUUAGCAAGGGCUCCAUAUUGGGUUUCUGUGGAAACCGGAUUCUUUCCUUCUCAGAAGGGAAUCAUUUAACAUUUGAAAUUCAGUACAAGAACUUGUAUUUGGAAGCAGCUGGCGAAAGGAGAGGUAUUGUACCUAAAAAGUAUUUUCAGGCCUAUUAAGUGAGAUACUGUCCUCUCCAUAGAGAGGAAAGAAGUGGUUGUGGGGGGUGGGUGUGGUUCGUGGACACAGCUGUAGCCACACUAGCAGGCAGCCGCAGGGAGCUUCCAUGACAUCCGGGGAAGGAAGAGAGGCAGUCUCUUUGCAAAACAAAAUAUUUUUAUUCAUUUGUAUUUAUUAAAUGGAAAAAAAGAGAAAGAAUCCCAUGGUGUCCUUAUUCUGUGGUGGAGUUUAAGUACUAUGUUAAAAAUAAAGUUAUAUAUUUUCCCCCUA